UUAUGAAAGAUAUUGAAACGGUAAAAAUAGUUGUUGUAAAUGGUGAUAGAUGUCGCUGUCAGUCAAAUUUGAGCAUAUUUUAUCGACGCUCAAAACCAGAAUUUGUAAACGUGACGGUUCGCUGUAUUUAUAAAGUCAAGGACGUUUUCAUACCUGUUUACCUAAAUACCUACCUCGAAUUCUUUCGGGUUGUAAUUGUGACGUCAUAGAACCUUGGAUGGAUUGAUGGAUAAAGAAUUUCAAUUCCUACGAAUGUGUCGUGUCGUGUGCUUAGGUCGUGUGUCACCAUUUGCGUUUUUUACCUGUUGUCUAUAUGUUAUAUUAGAUCGUGCCUUAUCAUAGUUUAUCGUGAUUCGUGUUUAUUCCUUAUUACCUAAUUUUCUAUUAGGUAUUUCAUUAAUUGUUCACCCUUUAUCUUAUUCGCAUACAUCUUUAUUGUAUAUUACCUUUUUCGUUCUAUAACCGUGUUUCGUGUUCGUCACUUACCUCGUUGGCAGUUUGUGACUCUUGUUCAAAAAGUAAGUAUUUAAACAAUUGUAAUUACCUUAUUAUGUAAAAGCAUCUUAAUGUGUAUAUAAUAAAUGUUCCUGUUGAACGUUUAAAUAUUUUGAUUGUUGUGGCGUGUUGAUUAAACACCUAAAACUUUACACAGAUAAAAACAAUUCUAAUUGUAAUCUCUUCUUUUAGUAGCAAGAUAUUAUGCCGGGAAAUAUAUGCCACUACUACAGAUGUGGGAAGAAGAAAGCUACGGAUGGGGUAAUUUUACAUCAAUUUCCUGUUCAGGAUGUUAUUCGACUGCAACGUUGGAUUAUCAAUUCAGGAAAUGUUAAUUUGCUGAAUCUAGAGAAGUCUAAGUUGGCAAACCGCUUCAUUUGUGGAGAGCAUUUCGCCGAUAAGGACUUCAUGAACGCAAACCAUCUGAAACUUUUGAAAUCUGCCAUCCCUAUUCCAUAUUGUAAUGCUACUGCUCCUUCAGUUGAACGUUGUUCAGAACAAAUACAGAACGCUGCAAGAAUUGAUGAAGAAAUACCUUUUGAAUCAAGGACGAUCAAUCAGGACCGAAGCACUCUGAAAGUUUAUGGUAAACCUUCAUUGAUUCCUUCGCCAAACAGGCCUGUUUCUCCAAAAACACCAACGAAGGAGUUAUUGGAUGAGAUUUCACAAAUGCCCAGCCCCAAUUUUCCAAAACGAGAACUAUUUUCUUCGCUUACACAUCAGAAUGAAAAAGUCGUUACGAAGUUGAUGUCUACCCAACAAAAGCUAAGAAACCACAAAGUUCGUGUUUCAAGAUUGCGCAAAACUAUCAAGACUGCAAGGAAAAUCAAUACAACUGAUGAAAUUUUCCGGAAACAUCAAUUUUCAUCGCUGCAUUCGAAAACCCUUGCCUGUAUGCAACUGAGGAAAACUCGUGCUAGUUGGACAUUAGCAGAGAAAAAUUUUAGUAUUAUGCUGUUUUAUAAAUCGCCGGCAGCAUAUGAUUUUUUGAGAUCUAUCAAAGUUAUCCUUCCCAGCCCUUCAACAAUUAGGAAGUGGAUCGGGACUUCUAAAUUUAUGCCAGGUAUAAGUUUGAAGUUGUUAGAAGAUCUAAAAAAGAAGUUUGUAAAUGCACCUUAUCUGGAAAAAUGUUGUUCUGUCGUUUUUGAUGAAAUGGCUAUCAAAAACAAACUGGAAUAUUCAGAGGAUCUUGAUGUCAUUGAAGGUUUCGAAGAUCUUGGUUCAAUGGGACGAAAAUCGGUGCAAGCAAAUUAUGCCUUGAUAUUUAUGGUUCGUGGAUUAUACUCACCGUGGAAGAUUCCUAUUGGGUACUUUCUGAGUCGUUCAGGUGUCAAAUCGUUUGAGUUGGUGGAAUUAAUUAAGACAAUAAUUACAAAAUUGUUCAACGCUGGUAUGAAACCGAAAAUUACAAUAUGUGACCAAGGAACAAGCAAUCAGAGUGCUUACAAGCAAUUAGGUGUUACUGCUAUGACACCUUAUUUUAUGAUUAACAGUCAACGCGUUUAUUGUAUUUUUGAUACACCACAUUUGUUUAAGAACAUCCGAAAUAAUUUACUGACUGGAGACAUUUUAAUUGACAACAAGAGAAUUUCUUAUAGCGAUGUCCGCAACACAUAUUCGAUAGAUAAAGUAGCAAAAAAAGCCGAACAUUAACUGGUUUAACAGAUGCUCAUAUAUCUCCGAACAAUUUUCAACGUAUGAGUGUGAAGAUGGCAAUGAAAAUACUAAGCCAUACAAUGUCAGCUGCAAUUUCAACUGCUGUUGCUACAAAUCAAUUAAAAUCGGGAACUGCACUUGAUACCGCUGAAUUCAUAGAGUUUAUCAACAAUUUAUUUGACUGCCUAAAUAGUAGAACCAGGUAUUCCAGGAAUCCGUAUUCACAUGCAAUAGCGAAGGAUAACACACCGUAUACCAUGUUGCAAAGUAGUUUGAACACCAUUAGGAAAAUGCAGAAAGAAGAUCAUAAAACUAAAAAGUUAAGCCAACCACCAUGCUUUACCGGAUUAUAUUUAACAAUUUCAGGAGUUCUACAGCUAUUCGAUGAGGAGGUGCAAAAUAAGACAGUUAAAUUUGUAUUAACAAAUCGGUUAAACCAAGAUCCGCUAGAAAAUUUAUUUAGUAUUUAUAGGCAAAGGGGUGGUUACAACAGAAAUCC